GAUGGCAGUGGUGGUGCAAAGCAGACGAGUCGCCUCUAAAAGCUGGUCAGAGGCGCGCGCGCCGCCAGUUGCCAAUCUCGCCGUGCGCCGACCGUUGUGUUGCUUCCGUAAACAGCAAAUCCAUGUGGUGAUGACAAACGUAAACAUUUACGACACAUUUACAGUGUACGAGUGAAAGUGAUACGUUUGAAGUUUUAUGGAAUAGUCAAAAUAGUCAGCACGAUGGCAAGACUACAACACUUGUUGCUUGCCGCGAUAGCGAUCCAAGUCUACGUCAACGCUGCACCGAGUGACGUCAGCAAGCUUGAAGACAUCGCUAAAGUCGAAACAGUGAGUGUUGAUGCAACACCAACCCCUUUAGAAGAAAGCACCCUUGAAAGUACAGAUACCACGGGCCAGCGACAAAAGCGCUGGUACGAUUUUGGAGGAUUUGGCAUUCCACCAGUAAUCAACCCUGCAUAUCCUACUUUUGUGAAAAGAGACGAAUCACUAAGCACCGGCGUCUAUGGUUUAGUAGACGAUCCGCUGUCACACGUAUACAGGCGGCUGCAAGACAUCGCAUCCGUAGCUAGACAACCAGCCUUCCCGCCUUCUUUCCCACCGUCAUUCCCUAUUUAUCUACCAGUUAUUUAUUUACCUCAACCCUGCAACUGCAACCAGCAACCACAGCCGACAAACAAUCAGAACGGGAGCCAGCCAGAUAGCAUAAACAACCGCUUCCCUGAAAUGGAGGACACGCGACAGAACUGGGGAUAUGUCAUUAACGACGACGAAGACAACGACGAUGGACAGGAUAAUAGAAGGCCGAUUAAUUUUGACGUUAUUCGACCGAACAACACAGUAACUAGGAGGCCUCCUCCAGUUGACCAUGGAACCGUUCAAGGAGACGGUACUUUGAAUAGUAUUCCUCCUGGAGCUCCGCCGACUACUUUUCGCCCAUCAACUACGAGAAGGCCGCCUCAAAACGCGCCUAAAGAGGUUUCUACAAACCAACUCCCAACUAACUGCGAUGCCGCUGUGCUCAGUUGUUGUCACAGGCCUGAGAUAACAUUCGAUUGCUUCACAACGCAAGGCUGCCCAGAGGCAGGUUCCCAAGGGAACCCCUGCGAACCCAACGUUCUUCUAAGAGUAAUUGAAAGGUUCCAGAGGUUCUACCAGCAGAGGACUGGGUCCACAUGAUCAGUGAUAAUGGUGUAGUUUUAAAUUUAUUUAUGUACAGUGAAAUCUCUUACUGCAAAUCAUUAUAUGUAAAAAUAUGUGAGAAAGUACAAUAAUCUUACAUUCGCCUGCGAUACGUUUUUCGUAUGAAAUGUCUGUAUAGAAAUAACACCAUCCGUUUUUUGUUGGAUAAGGAUGUACCUAGAGGAAAUAUUGAAUAAACCUGUAGUGCGACAAACGAUGUUUUUGGUGAACAACACAGAUGUGAUGGAUUGAGAUUUACAUUACUAUAGAGGCCGGGAAACGAAGGGUUGCAGGAAUGAAUGAUAUCUGAGUGAUUAAAUAGUUUUCAUGUAUAUUCUGCUUAUGUGAGACUAGAGCGACGAACUAGCAAUAAUUAAUUAUUAUGUAUGGUUUGAGCAGCCACUCGUGUCAGUGGCAAUGAGGAGAAAAAUAGUUUUUUUUUAUAUAUAUAUUUACUUAUUUAACACAGUGCAAGCUUACAGUACUACACCAAUUCGCUUACUCGCUAGAAAAAUAGAUGUCAGGAAAAUAAAAAAUAAAAACAUACAAACAGAUAAAAUGUCAUGAAAAAUAAAAUUUACAUAGUCAGUCAAUUAAAUACAAUAUUUAGAAUAUAUAAAAUGUCAAGGAAGAUAAAAUUUACAAAUUCAGCCAAUUAAUUACAAUAAUUCAAACUCAGAAAGUGUCUAUCAGUAUUGCAUAGGUACGCUAAACUAUUGGCAAACAUGUCGGCAUCUGCGUACUGAGCGAGCAUUGAAUGUAGGCUCGAUAGAGCGCGUGAGGUAGGAGCGUGCCUCGCGUAGCAUGUGCGAGCAGAAGGCCGCUGAAACAGGCAUGGCCGGCGGCGUGGUGUUACUGCCCCGUCCACAUCCUGGGGUAUCUUCUCAGCACUUAUAGCAGUAUGCCUACCUUUGAAGCCUGGCAGUGCUAGCACGAAUGGUUUAUUUUUAUUUUCCUGAUUAUUGGUCCGUUUUAAACUGUCACUGUUAUCACGUGGUACUAGCAUUUAUAAACUGAAUCAUGUAAAUAUGAUUGUGUAUGAAUUAAAAUGUAUACAGGUUGGAAAUUGUGAUACUCUUCCUUUUUUAUCUUUGUAUUAUACAAAAAAAAUACAGAACAAUAAAAUUGUACAGAAAAUACAAUAAACGCACUACCUAUAUAUUUUUAUUGCUUGUAAAAUGAUAAUUGAUAUAGAUUAUAAAU